AUGUCGGAGCGCUGGCAGAGGCGGCGGCGCUGGAGGAAGGCAGCUGGUGAGGACGCAGUCCUGCUGGGACGACCGCGGGCGCCGGUCCGGUCCUCGGGUCCGGGGGGCUGGGGAGGGAGCCGGGGGUCUUCACGGUGGCUGCUCCGCCGGCGUGUCCUAGCCCCCCGACGGCCGCCACGCCACCCCCGGACUGCGCCAGGGGCUCGGCCGCUUCGCGCUGGCCGGUGCAGCGAGCCGGAGGAGGAGGAGGCAGGCUGCAGCUUCGGGAUGCGCGCGGCGACUUUCCCGGAGUGCGCGCCGGCUCGGCCUCAGAUUGGACUCCCUGCCUCGCCCCCUCCCCUGGGCAGCCACUCCCCCUCCCCCCACUAUUUUACCUUAAUUGGCUCUAAACGUUGGGUGAAAGUUGGGUCUGAGGAUGCUGCUGCCAUAGAAACCGCAUAG